GCCGUUGCCCGGGCGACGCGAGUUGUUGUGGUUGCGCGCCGCGCAGGGAGUUGGUGAUUGGCCCCGCCGCCCGCCGGGGAGACUUUGGCCUCUGGCGCCGCGGGAGGUGCCCACCAGACCCUCGGCGAGCAGGUGGAGGCGGACGGACAGGCAGAGCGGGGUGCGGACCUGGCCUCUGCAAGAGCUCAGCCCGGCGCGGUGCCCUGCUUCCCGGCUCAUCGCGAACACCUGCCAGGAGUGUCUCCGGAUUCCCUGCUUCCCGGCUCAUCGCGAACACCGACCCCGCGUGUCUCCCGGCAUGAGGAACGCCAGCAAGGAGCUGCCUGGCGCCAGCGGCCGCUACGCUCCCUGCGACUGGUAUUACCACCUCCCCGUGAAGCGAUCGGAGAAGGCUGUGGACGCCCCGCCCAUGUCCCAGAUCCCAGGCCUCAGCGAGCUCCGGGACACCCCCAGCGGACACCUGCUGGGGACUCGGAGGUACUGGGUCAAAGACACGGACUCAGAGUAUGUGAAGUUGGCCAAGCAAGGCGGCCGGCCUGAUCUGCUGAUGCACCUGGCCCCCGGCUCCAGGAAGGGUACGCCUGCCGCCUACUCCCUGCCCGACUGGUACGUCCACCACAGCCAGCCGCCCGCGGCCAGCCAGAGGCGGAGGCUGGCUGCCUACAUGCCCGACUACAUGGUUCACAAAGAGUUUAGCCCCGACCUGGCCAACGGGAAUUACGAGUCCCGAAGGGGGCCCUUCGACUUUGACGUGAAGACCAUCUGGCAGAGAGAGGCUGAGGAGCUGGAUACGAAGAGGAAGGUGAGGCUCCCCGCCAUUCACUCCAGGUCCCCCAGCAAAGCGGGGCCCCCGCUGGGCCCCCGAGAUCCUGCAGGACGUAGGCUCUCCUUCCCCCCCAUGCCUGGUCACAAAACCAGUUCCCCCACCAACUUCUCCAAACUCAUCAGCAACGGCUACAGGGAUGAGUGGCUGCAGCAGCGAGCCGACGCGGACAAGAGCACCCCACAGCCGUCCCCAGCGCCCCCAGCGCCCAAGUCCCCGAAGGACCUUGAGGGGCAGGAUGCUGAGCAGCUCUCAGACCCGGAGGCUCCGGAAGGCUCUGCGGAGGCUCAAGAGUCUUCUCCAUCAAGUCCAGGCUCCGCUCAGGCCACAGGGACGCCCACUGAGCCCAAGUAACCGAGCCCAGGAUGUGGGAGCAUCACGUUGGGACUCCGAUGGCUAGAUAUGAGCCGACCAUGUCUCGGCCGUGCUUAUAAGGCUCCUGCUCUGCGUUACCAAUAUAGAUUCUCAUGAAAUAAUUGUGUUAAAACAGGUUUGACGUCACUGUGGUGCAGGCGGCGCGAGGGGGGGCGGUUUGCUCCGUGCAUUUCUCUGGGGUGCUAAGGAGGGGCCUUUGGGGCGCCAUGCCUCCCCCACCCGGGAAGGCCCAGCAUCGGGGACCCACUUCCUCCCCAUCACCAGCUGGCAUCACCCCGACGUGGGUCCCCCUGGUGGUGACAUUUUCAUUGAAGGCUGUUGUUCAGACUUUAGCUAGAAGAAACUCACAGACUCUCCCUUGAUGGGGCCCUGUAAUCUCUGCAGAAGUCAUUUUUCUGUUAAAAAAUUAAUUCCAGAAUAUUGGGAUGUACUUUAUAUCGAGAAAAGGAUUAACUUAUUAGACCUCAAAGUUUUAAACCUUUAAUGUAGAAGCACUGGAGCAUUUGCAAGUUUUAAAUGUUUGCUAAGUUUUCAAUAAACUGGGAUCUAUACGAUUAAACAUA